CGAGGUUUUAUGUCCAACUCAGAACCCUGUGUAAAAAAAUCCGAAAAUAUAGGGAAAAAAUAUUAUUCCCGCCAUCGCACGUUUGUUUUGUUUUGUGUCUGUACAAAGUUAAGGUUAUGUCAUACUCACGAGGAGGAAAUUCUCAGUAUUCAGGGCAAAAUAGACGGUUUUACUAAACAUAGUUUUUGAGUCUAAGAUUAAUGUGAUAUUGAAGUUAGAGCUUGAAAUAUUUAUAACAUCGCGAUAUGGAUUCAGAUCACAAUCCAGACAAUGUGUUCAACAUUUUGGUAGCAAGUGACGUUCACCUAGGAUAUGGUGAAAAAGACCCUAUCAGAGGUGAUGAUAGCUUCAACACUUUUGAGGAAAUACUACAGUUGGCUGAUCAGAGAGAAGUCGAUUUAAUCUUGCUGGGAGGAGACUUAUUCCAUGACAAUAAACCAUCCCCUCAGUGCAUACAUCGAUGUAUGACAUUGUUGAGACGAUAUUGCUUGGGAGAUAGGCCAGUAGCGGUGGAAUUUUUAAGUGAUCAGGCAGAGAACUUUCAGCACUGUAUGAAUCCAGUUGUUAAUUAUGAGGAUCCCAAUUUGAACAUAUCAAUCCCUGUGUAUUCAAUCCAUGGAAAUCAUGAUGAUCCCAGUGGUUUUGGCCGUAUUGCGACAUUGGACUUGUUAAGUGCUUCUGGGUUGAUAAAUUACUUUGGGAAGUGGACAGACCUUACACAGAUUCAUAUUAGUCCAUUGUUGCUUCAAAAAGGAACGUCUAGAUUAGCCAUCUACGGUCUGAGCUACAUCAAGGAUGAGCGGCUCUCGAGGCUCUACAAGGACAGAAAGGUAACAAUGCUUCGGCCAAAGGAGUACGUGGAGGACUGGUUUAAUAUCAUGGUUCUUCAUCAGAACAGAGUUAUGAGAGGUUCUAAAAAUUAUGUACCGGAGACAGCGAUAGACAAGUUUGUAGACCUGGUGAUUUGGGGUCACGAACAUGAGUGUCGUAUAGAUCCAGAACUGAACCCUGAACAAGGUUUCUAUGUAAUACAGCCUGGCAGUCCAGUUGCCACGUCUCUCUGUGAAGGAGAAGCUGUUGAGAAGUUUGUUACAAUUCUAAACAUCCACAAAAAAGAGUUCAAUGUAGAGAAGAUAAAACUGAAAACAGUCCGACCGUUCGUAAUGGAUUCAUUAAAUCUUUCCAACUGCACACUGAAUCGCACUGAUGGAUUGCUCAGUGACGAAGUUCAACUUUAUUUGACAGAGAGAGUGGAAGACUUGGUCAGAAGAUCACAAGAUCAAUUGACUGGGCACAGAAAACAGCCCACACUGCCUCUGAUACGACUGAGGGUGACGUAUAGUGAGGAAAUGGAAUACUUCAACCCCAUCAGGUUCGGCCAACAGUUCUCAGACAAGGUUGCCAACCCCAUGGACAUGAUCUUACUGAAGCGUGAAAGAAAAGAGAAGAAGGUCAAAUCAGAAGAUCUGCUCGACAAGGACGCAAUAAGAAAUACUAUUGAUAAUGAUGAGGAGGCGGUAGGGGAUGAGUGGGGGAGCCGAGCUGAGACUGUGGUGGAGAGAUACUUCUCCGAAGGGGGGGACGCCAAGCAACUGAGGGUGUUGUCUGUACGAGGGUUAGCAGAGGCAGUCAAGAGGUUCAUCGACAAGGGUGACAAUGAUGCCAUCUCUGAUAUAACAAACUAUUUUUCUGUGUUUAUUGACUUGGCUCUGGCAAACAGCUCCCUUGACAGGACAGCAUCUUGCCCUAUACCACAUCAGUUACCCAGGAAUAUGGACUUGACUUAA